GUGCGCCUUCCGCCUUCCCGGCAGGCCCCGCGCGACGCCUGCGUGCUCGGUGACCUUUGGCUGCUCGUGCGGGUCCCGCGCCACCUGAGCCUUAGGUGUUGCCAAGAUGUUUCAAAGCCUUAUUAAGAAUGUGUGGGUCCCUCUGAAGCCCUACUAUACCCAGGUUUAUCAAGAAAUUUGGGUAGGAGUAGGGUUGAUGUCCGUGAUCGUUUAUAAAAUCAGGAGUGCUGAUAAAAGAAGUAAAGCUUUGAAAGGCUCCAGUCCUGCAGCUGCCCAUGGUCAUCACUAACCAGCUCCCCGAGUCCACUGGAGACGAAGUGUCCAUCAGCCUGUAGAUUUAAGCACGCUGUGUUAGAUGGGGAUGUUGAACUUUGCUGUACAUUUGUCUGAGUUCCAUUUGCCAUGUGAAUAAACGUACCUGAGGUGUACUACCGUGUGGGUACUACUGAGUGUCCCCGUCCUCUACCCAUUCCCCCAUGGCUCCUUUGUAACACAGCAGCAACAUCACAGUGUCACUGAGCCGCCCCUUAGGAGACCUGAAGGAUGUGGAAUGUUAUUGACAGGGUGGGUGGUCACCAUCUAGGUGUUCACUCCCAUUCCAUUGUCCAGUAAAUGUGUGCUAAAUGGU